ACUCCUCUCCACAGCCCACUCCAGACCAGCCCCAGACACCACCAUGACGUGCUCCUGCUGCGGCUCCACCUGUGGGGACUGCUGCCAGCCUUGCUGCUGCCGCGACCCCUGCUGCUGCCGCCCCGUGUGCUGCCAGACCACCGUGUGCCGCCCCGUGACCUGUGUGCCCCGCUGCACGCGCCCCAUCUGCGAGCCCUGCCGCCGCCCCAUCUGCUGCGACCCCUGUGGCCUGCAGGAGGGCUGCUGCCGCCCCAUCUACUGCUGCCCCACAUCCUGCACUGCCGUGGUCUGCCGCCCCUGUUGCUGGGCCACCACCUGCUGCCAGCCUGUCACCGUGCAGUCCCCCUGCUGCCGCCCCCCCUGCUGCCAGCCUGCCCCAUGCCGCACCACCUGCACCAGCUGCUGCCAGCCAAGCUGCUGCCAACCAAGCUGCUGCCAGCCGAGCUGCUGCCAGACCAGCUGCUGCCAGCCAAGCUGCUGCCAGACCAGCUGCUGCCAGCCGAGCUGCUGCCAGCCGAGCUGCUGCCAGCCAAGCUGCUGUGGAACCAGCUGUGGCACUGGUGGUGGCAUUGGCUGUGGCCAGGAAGGUGGCUGUGGAGCUGUGAGCUGCCGUGUCAGGUGGUGCCGUCCAGACUGCCGCGUGGAGGACACCUGCCUGCCCCCUUGCUGCGUGGUGAGCUGCACACCCCCAACCUGCUGCCAGCUGCACCAUGCCCAGGCCUCCUGCUGCCGCCCAUCCUACUGUGGACAGUCCUGCUGCCGCCCACUCUGCUGCUGCUACUGCUGCCCACCCACGGGCUGUGAGUCCACCUGUUGCCAGCCCACCUGUUAAAAGUUAGGUUGAUGACUUUCAA